GGCGAGAUCUUUUAUUUUGAAAAGACGACGAAAACGGAUUUCCGGCAUGCUGUUGUUUCAUGUGACUGCAGAGUGCACAAGUACAAGCUACUGGUUUAAAGGUCUUAUAAAAGCAGAAAGAGAGCGUUCUGGAUUGGUGAACAAUAACAAAACAGGACAGCUUUCCUGACUGUUUCACAAGUAAAUUAUUACUCAUGGGAGGGAGUGAUGCUGAUAGCAGAUCUAAGAGCAGACACGGAGAUGAGAGCAAAUCCAGAAGCUUGUCAUCAUCAAGUGCCAGGAGAUCCAGUCCAAACCCUCAAAAGAGACAUGAACGUUCCUCUGACAGAAAAAAGAUGAAAAGGAGAAGUCCCUCCAGCUCUUCAUCAUCUUCCAGCUCCACUUCCCCAUCCAGAGAAAAAAAGGCCAAGAAAAAAAAGAAACGGCAAGAAGUUAAGAAACUGAAGCGUGAAAAGAAAAAGGAGAAAAAGGAAAAGAAGCGGCAAAAGAAGCUAGCAUUGAAAGCUGAAAGAGCAGCAGCUUCCGUAUCAAAUGCUGUUUCUGAUGAAACUCCCCAAACAUACCUGAAGACCUGGCAGAAUGAAGAAGCUAAAGAACACGGCCCCGUCAUGACUGAUGAACAGAAGGAAAGUUUUUGCACCAAGAGACCAAUGACAAAGGAAGAAUAUGAGGCUAGGCAAAGCGUCAUCCGUCGGGUCCUGGACCCCGAGACUGGACGAACCAGGCUUGUAAGAGGUGAAGGGGAAAUUUUAGAAGAAAUUGUCAGCAAGGAUCGGCACAAGGAAAUCAACAAGAAAGCCACUAAGGGAGAUGGUGAUGCCUUCCAGAAGAGAUUGGGUACCAAUAGGUAGCAAGGUGUCAAUUUUAAGACAAGUCCACGGCAGUCCAAAGCCUUCUCCUGCAUUUCUACGAGAAUUAAACCAUUUUCUUACUUUCUUAGUUCUUUUAUAUUCCUCUCCACUGAAUAAAUGUCACAGAAAUGUGAUUCCAGAACGACAUUUUGUUCUCAGACAUCGUACAGGAAGGAGUACAUUCAAGGCAUAAUCAUUGUGCUGGUCUAACCGAAAGGUUACAGAGCUGAACGAUAUUUAGUUUUGGCAGAAAAUUCAUUGUAACAGUGCAGCCAAAUGAGGCUAAUUAACCCCUUUCUUCAAAGUCAAAGCAGGAAGAUUCUCGUUUAUCUGUUAAUAUAGAAAGACUUUCUUAAUGGCUAAUUUAUUUGUAAAUAAGGUCAUUUGCAGUCUGAUAGUAUUCAUUACCACUAAAGCUCAGCAUCUCUUAAAUAUCAACUGAUGGUAUUACAGAGGACUGCUGCAACAUCAAUAAAAUAUCUUUCUUAAA